AUGACUAAUAAAAACAUAAUAUUAUUUUUAUGUGUAUGUGUUUUUAGUGGAAACGACUGUCGUCAGUUUCGUAUGCGUAAGUAUUAAAUAUACAUAAUCGUAUUCAUUUCGAAAUUUAAAACUUAAUUUCUAAAAUACUAUCCAUUUUUUAUUUAGCUUCAUUUAUCAAACCAUGCAAGCGAGACGACCCAAAUAUAAACGAGUGUUUGAAAAAAAUAUUUGAAACUCUUCGACCGUUUACUAGUAAAGGAAUGCCAGAAAUGCAGAUAUUACCUUUAGAUCCAAUGUCGGUGCCGUCUGUAACUUUAAAUCAAGGUCAAGGUUCGGUGAAUUUUACUGCCUUAUUUACAAAUUUAAAAGGUUACGGAGCGAAAAAUUAUCAAGUGCAGAAAAUUAUGCAAGUUAUAUUGGUAAUAUGGUAUAUAAUAGUACACUUACAGUUUAAAUGCAUUAUGAAUUUUACAUAAAAAAAUAAUUAAAUAAAAAAUCAAAGAAUUUAUCAUUCAGGCUUUAAAUUACCUACCCAUUGGAUACUUUAUGAUUAUGCAUUUUUUAAAUUCUGAGUGAAGCGAGGGAUCUAUUGGUUUUACUAUGAAGUGUAUUUUUUUCUGUCUAUAAACAACUGUCUGUAAACUUUCUCUCCUUAAAAUCUUGCUCCAAUCAAAACAUAACAAGAAAUAUGUUUUUGUUACAUUUUGAUUUAAGUUGGUACUUCAGAAUCAGAAAGUACCAAAUUAUCUUUACUAUUUGAGAUAAUAAGGAAAAAGUGGUUCUUUAGCUUGAAAAAAGAUUGAAAGAUUAAAAGGCUGUCCUGGAUAAUGGAAAUGAAUGCAUUCACUGUUUUAGAUAGUUUAAUAUUUUAAUGUGUAUCUGUAAAAGUAACAAUAAAUCAACUAUAACUCGUUGGUCGAUUUAGCAUUGACGUAUUUAAGAAUUUUUCUGGGAAGGAUCCACAUAAUAUUUUCUUUAUAAUAUUUUUUUUUUACCACAAAGUAAGACUGCUAAUUAAACUUCUGUUAAAUUGUGAAACAUUUCUGUUCAAGUCUAACAAUUUUACCACAGUAUACCUACCGAAUAAAUAUUACGUACAAAACUCUCAAAAUUAAAAUGUCUUAUAAAUACUUCAAAAAUGGCUUAAAUUUUUUGAACAUUUUACCAUGUCUAAAAAAGGCAAAAAUAAUAAUAAUAAUCCCUUGAAUAUCUCUAGGGAAAAUUAAGAUAAUUAAACUCUGUUUUUUUGUAUUACUCACAGUGAUAAGGAUUACAAAUAUUUAUAUUGGAAUUAAAUGUUUUUGUUUUAGCAAAACAAUUUAAAAAAUAACUUUGUUUUAUUAUUUUCGGAAAUUGUUGUAAUAACCAUUCUGUAUAGUUUAUUUUUUUUAAAUAUUAAAACAAAAGUUAUUUUUUAAUUUUUUACUAAAAACCACAGAUAGAAAAUACUAGAUAACGAACAAGAUAUCGAAAAUUGAAGUUAGCUGACAUAUGCGUGUAGACCAAUGUCUACAUAAUUGUCUUAUCAAUACAACAUGAUAACAAUCUGAUGGUCAAAAUACGUUUAUAUCUGGUUAUGAAAUAUGGAUAUUAUGUGUAGUCCUUGUCAUUAAAAACAACAUUUUUAAUAGAAAUGUAUAUUUUUUAUAUUUUAUUAAAUAACAACAGCAUUACAAACCAAAGUAAAAUUAUUGCAUAAUAUAAUGGCUAAAAAUACCUAGUAUUAAACAUGUAAUACAAAAUACAAUACAUAUUAUUAUUAAACUAAUAUGCAUUACUGGUUAUAAAAUAAUAUUGUUUUUGUUAAUUUCUGUCUUUGAUUGGCCGUGUUUAAAAUGUUACUAGACAAUUGCUUACUGUAUGAUUGCAAUCUAAUGCUUAAAAAUCGUUUUACAAGAUUACAAUAACCUACAUUUUUACAAUUCAAGAUAUAAAAAUAUAAAAAUACUUAAAUCCAACGCAAAUUUAUUAAUGACAUAAAAAUUUUUUUUUUGUAAAUUGAAUUCAUUGAUCUGAGUUAAGUUAAUAGUUAAAUAUAAAUAGUAUUUAUCUACCUCUAUAAUUACUUUAUAUGAACUCUCGGAAGAUAAAAAUAAGGAUUUUUAAAGAAGUUAAUUUAGUAUACAACUGAGGUACAGGAUAAUUAUGAUAGAAGUUUGACUUAAAAGUAGUGAUUGGAUGCAACUAACACAAUCAAUAUGUUUUGAAAUUUUACGAACUACAUACCCUGUUAUAUUAUAAAGAAUAUUUAUGUAAUAAUACAUACAAUUAUAAUAGCUAAAAACAACAUUAAACUAAUGAACAAUAUUAAAACUAAACGUAGAUAAAAUUCAAAACGCAUUUUAUACAAAUAAAUUAAAAAACUGCGAUUUUAUUCUGUGCGAAUAUUGUCAUAUUAUCAUACUGUAUUAAUAAGACAAUUAUGUAAACAUUGACCCACAUACAUAUGGUGGCUGACUUCAACACUUCAUAUCCUGAUGUAGACAAGUUAGCUAUCUAGUAUUUUAUAUCUGUACUAAAAACAAAAAAAUUAAAUUCAUAUAUAAAUAUUUGUAGUCCUCAACCCUGUGAAUAAUAUAAAAAAACAGAAUUUGAUUAUCUCUAUUUUCUCCAAAGAUAUUCAAGGUAUAUUUUCGUGGGACAGACUGUGUGUAUCAAUUUUUAAAGGAUAUUAAAUGUUUUAAAUUAGCUUUGUUAUGUAAACUUUACUAAUGACUAAAAUAACUGGAGUUGUAGAAAAAACAAUAAAUGUAUUAUUUUAAAUAAUAAAAGAAUGACAACAUAGAUAUGCGUGACAUAUAAAAUUGUUAUUUUAAAUAAAUUACAUGAAAUCAAAUACAGGAUAUAAUUCACAUAUAUAUAAUAUUAUAAUAUUCGGGGUAGGUACUUAUUGUUUCAAAUUAAAAAAUGUAGUAAAUCAUAUUUUUUAUAGAGCUGAUUUAAAAAAAAAAUCUAUGGAAAUUGAUUUAUAUUUUCCGUCGUUCAGAAUUGAAUCCAAAUACGAGGUCAAUGGACAAAUAUUAUUACUACCUAUUAAAGGAAACGGCAAGUUUGUUGGAAAUUUCAGUAAGUAUUUUUAAAAGUAUGAUGGGUAAUUUCUAUUCAAUUAAACGGAAUCCAUAUAAUGAAAAUUUUAUUCAAAAUUAUAUUUUUAAAUUUGAAUAGUUCAGAAACUUUUUUUGUUAUGAGUGUGAUUAUAAAAUUAUUUAAUUUAUUACAUUAAUUUAACAAAUAAGUUUUAUUUGAUACUUUUUUUGUAGCUAAUAUACAAACAAAAGUUAAAAUUGGAUUAGAAUAUCUCGAAAAAAAAAACAACAAAACUUUUAUAGAAAUUAAAGAAAAUAAAGUGAGUUUGAUAAUUGGUGCAGUAAAAUUACGUUUCAAUAAUUUGUUCAAUGGUAAUAAAGAAUUAGGUAAACAUUUUAAAUUAUAAUUCAAACAUUUUUUGGAAAAUCGUUAAUUUUGUGUAUAAUAGGUGAUCAAACUAAUCGGUUCAUAAACGAGAAUUGGAGGGACCUAAUGCAGGAAAUCAAACCGUUGCUUGAAGACACAGUAGCUACGAUAGUAAUGGGCAUUUUUAAGCCUUUACUUAUAAAUUUUAGUAUGGACGAUUUGUUUCCGAUUUAGUACUGUUAAAUCUGUUUUUGUUAUUUUACAUUUUAGAAUAUACAAGUAUUAUUAAA